CGUUGGCAGGUGUGGGAUUUAGAGCAAAGGCUACUGGUUUCUACUUUGCGAUGGGAGUCAAAUAUAACAGCAUUCUCUGUUAUUUGUGGUCUGAGUUACAUGUAUGUCGGAGACGAGUAUGGGAUGGUGUCUGUGUUAAAAUAUGAUGCUGAAGCCGCUAAAGUUGUACUACUUCCAUAUUAUGUUCCUACAGAUUCAAUAGCUGAAGCAUCUGGGAUGUCCUCCCCUAAUCAUCACUCUGUUGUUGGACUUCUCCCUCAACCUGCAUCUCGAGGAAAUAGGUUGUUGAUUGCAUAUGAUGAUGGAUUGAUUAUUCUCUGGGAUGUUUCUGAAGAUAAAGUUAUUCUAGUUAAAGGCAAUAAAGAUCUUCAAUUGAAGAGUAAAACACUGGCUGGUUUUCACAAAGGCAUGGGAAAUAACCUUUCUGAUGAUAUAUCAGAAUAUGAAAGGGUGGAGAAAGAAAUAAGCUCUCUGUGUUGGGCAUCUACUGAUGGCUCUGUUCUGGCUGUUGGUUAUGUUGAUGGAGAUAUAAUGUUGUGGAACCUAUCAGCUACUGCUUCUGCAGAUGAGAAAGCUGAAAAUUUAUCGAAGGAUGUUGUUAGGUUGCAAUUAUCUUCAGCCGAAAGAAGACUCCCAGUCAUUAUUUUGGAUUGGUCUGGAAAAGGUUCAAGUGAUGAUUGUCGUGGUCAACUUUUUAUAGAUGGUGGAGAUGCAAUUGGGUCUGAAGAGGUUCUAACGAUAAUAAGCAUUGAUUGGUCUUCUGGGAUAGAAACCAUUGAGUGCAUUGGGCGCAUAGAUCUUACUCUUAAUGGCUCUUUUGCUGAUAUGGUUUUAUUACCAAGUGAUGGUGUUAGCAAAACCAAAGGCACCUUAAUAUUGACAAAUCCCGGACAGCUGCAUUUCUAUGAUGGUGCUUGCUUAGCUUCCUUAAUGUCCCAGCAACAGAAACAAAAUUCUGUUUCUUCAGUGCAGUAUCCCGUGAUCAUACCAAUUGCUGAACCCUACAUGACUGUGGGAAAGCUGGGUUUGGUAAAUGGAGUUGGGAAGUUCUCACAGGCUCUUUUUAAAGAAAUUUUCUGCUGCAAACUUCAGGUAGCACAUACACCAAGAAUUAUGGAUUGGCCUUUGACUGGUGGUGUUCGUAGCCAGCCUCUUGAUGCUGAAAAUUAUCAGGUUGAGAGAGUAUAUGUAGCAGGUUACCAGGAUGGAUCUGUCGGAAUAUGGGAUGCCACACUUCCAAUUUUUCCACUUGUUUAUGUUUUGGGGCCUGAGGUGAAAGGUAUCAAUAUCGAUGGUGCAAGUGCAUCAGUAUCUACAUUGGAAUUAUGCUCGUUCACUUUGACUUUAGCUGUUGGCAAUGAACUUGGUAUGGUUCAUCUAUAUAAGCUCACGGGGAGUGCAAAUGAGACAAGUUUGCACAUUGUCAAAGAAACUGAAAAGGAAGUCCACACUUUGCACCAAGGGGAUGGGCCUCAAUGCACAGCUGUCUUUUCCUUCCUCAAUUCUCCUAUAUGCACCUUACUGUUUGCAAGUUUUGGAACUAGACUUGCUGUGGGAUUUCAAUGUGGCACGGUAGGAAUCAUCUGUUUUUUUUUUCCUCUCAUCUCAUUAGUCUUCUCCUAUGCACCUACUGGCGAUAGGAAUCCCAUUCACAAGGUGGACCUUUUGAAACAAUGUUGUUGGACUACAACCUUCAAGAAGGAUGAAAAAGAGUGUGGGCUCAUUCUCUUGUAUCAGACCGGAGUGAUUGAAAUAAGGUCUCUGUCAGAUCUUGAAGUGGUGGGAGAAAGCUCUUUAAUGUCAAUUCUGAGGUGGAACUUUAAGACUAACAUGGAUAAGACAAUAUGUUCAAGUGAUACCGCACAAAUAAUGCUGGAUCUAAGCAUAGAUGACAUUGAUUUUGAUGAACCUCUUGUUGUCUUGCCCUCAUCAGAGGCAAAUAAGAAAGAUACAAAAUCUAAAGGAACAGAAAAGGAAAGAUUAUCUGAGGGCGCAUCUUCUGAUUCAGAGCCAAGACUUAGAACAGCUGAAGAAAUUAAAGCUAAAUAUAGGAAGGAGGAUACUACUGCUGCAGCUGCACAAGCGAAGGACAAGCUUGUAGAACGCCAGGAAAAGCUUCAGGUAGAGUUUCUCGUGGUGUCUUUUUUGUAUAGUUUAUCUCCUAAAAAUAUUCAAGCAGCUUAUCUUUUUUUUUAACCUGUUGCUGUUGUUGUUUCUUUUAUGCAUUUUGUCAAACACUCGGCUUGUGAAUCAUUCAAAAGCAGAUUUUGAAAGCUAAAAUUGCACUGUAUAUGCAUGUGAAAAGUUGCAUUUACCCCCUUGGGAUCAUUUUAAUUGUAUCCUAAGGAUGCAAGUUUAUAGCUCUGAUGAAGAUUAUAUUUUUCAUAUUUUUCACAGAAUUAGCUGCAUUAUUCUGUGAAAAUACCCGAGUCUGAUCAUUUUUUAAUCUCGUCUUAUUUUUCACUUUCCCCUGACCGUCCCCUCUUCGAGAGAAACUUUUCGAUGAGUUGUUAUUUCGCAUAUUGACAAGUGGGACAUGACAA